AUGGCCCUCUGGCGGUAUGCUCUCGGCCUGCUGUGCCUCUUGCAGGCCGUGCCGGUCACAGCGCAGUCGGAUCCGUCGCACAUUGCCUUUGGCGACGAUUUGAAGAUGCGCCGCCCACUUUCUUCGCUCCACACACUCCACACGCUCCAUACGCUCCACCCGCUCGCCGCCGUCCGCAGUGUCGGUGCUAACAGCACCGCCCCCGGCGCGCCCGGCUCGGUCUGCACCGCCGAAGGCGAGUGGAACUGCCUCACCACCUGCUGGCAGCGAUGCGCCUCGGGCCAGUGGUCCGACUCUAUGGCCCUGGCGCCGGGGACGGUGUGCACGCCGGCGGGGCUGUCGUACGAGAUGGGAGGUGGUCGGCUCGCGUCGCAGCACAAGCGACACAAGCGACACAAGCGACACAAGCGACACAAGCGACACAAGCGACACAAGCGACACAAGCGACACAAGCGACACAAGCGACCGCACGAGCGAGAGCACCGCCGGCGCCUUCACAACCAUCCUCGCAGCCACCACGGGCCUUUGCCAAUGCACAGUCGCCGGCUGUUCUGCCACACCACCAUCCACCUCUGUCGCUGCAACAACAUCACCCGCAACAACGACGACGACAUCCAGUCAGGAGACGCCGACGGGUGGCGAGUUUGUGAGCGGGUCGUCGUCGGCUGCGACGCAACAACCGACGAGUGCAGUGACGGUUGUCCUGGGUGUGAGCUUGCUGGCCGUUGUUUUUGCCCGUCUCUUGAUGUGAGGAGAACGACGUGGGGUAGCAAGGCGAGGGAAAGGAAUUGA